AAAUUAAAAUAAUUUAUUAUUAUAAGUGUUAUUAAUUUAGCUACGGAAAUAAAACCUAAGACUAAAGCCUUGAUUCUUAAAUUGUUUUCGUUUAUGGAGAAUAACGUUUCAGAAUAUUUUGGAUGCGUUCUGUUGAAACAGCCUACUUCUGGGCGUCCGCUGUGCUCGGCCCCGUCGUCAUCGCCACAGGGCCUCGUUUGAAAUCAGUAAACUGCUAACGAAUUGCUGCUGACGAAGCAGAGCUACCGGUUUAACAUUUUUCAAGUCAAAUUUUUUGAAAAUAAGAAAAAAAAAGCGCCACCAAUACGACUAUAACUCGUAACUGAACGAAUACAUUAGAAUGAUAUUUUGAUAACCAUUGUUUGAGAGUUCAGAGUUUCUGACUCAGGGACUUAUCGACCGACCGAUAAGUUUGAAAUGAAGUUAAAAUUAAAACUGUAGGGAAAGAGAGGGUUAGCAACAUCAGUAAAGAAUUUUCUGCUUUAGUUAGAUAAGAAAAUUUUAAAAGAUAUAUUAGCCAAAACGAUUAAAAGAGAUAAAGUAUUUGAAAUUGAAAACGAACAACUUAAAACGAAUGCAUUGAAUAGCUGGAUUUAAUGGAUACAAGAAUUUGGAAGAAAGAAGUAAAUGAAUACAAACGGCCUCCGCUUAAGAAGCUAACUGUUUUUAAUUCUGAACCGAUCGGUGUAAUAAAAGGUCCAUCCAUCUUAAGCCCUUCUGCGUGUUACAUAAGUCCGCGCUAACUUAAUAUCUCCUGUACCGAAGGCGGUGUAGCACACCACAAGCUGUGAAAAAAAUACAAUUAAAUCCAAUGUUAGAAAAAAACGAAGUGAUUUUCCAAACGUCAAUACAAUUUUUUUCCAUCUACCUGUAGGUCUCUUAACGGAUCGUAACCAUGACAAAAUGACUCUUGUAGCGGAAUACGCCAUGGAAGUUGCCAAUAUUGAUUUGCAAACACCUUUGGUAUUAAAGCAAGAAGAAGUUCCUUUCGGAAAUUCAUUUCAAGGUUACGGGAAAUUGUGUAAAAUGAUGCAGAUGGGUAUUGGUGCCGUAUUGGGGCCAUCUUCCAAGCAUACUGCUUUACAUUUAAUGUCAAUCUGCGAUGCGAAAGAUGUACCAUAUUUCUACGGCCAUAUGUUGCAAUCAGCUGAAGCUUUCAAUUUGCAUCCUCAUCAAGAUGAUAUAUCGAAAGCUUUGCAUUCUCUGUUAAUAGCAUUUCAAUGGUCACGAUUUAUAUUCCUUUACGAAUCGACUGAAUACUUAAAUAUAUUAAAUACGAUAAUGGCCCUUUAUGGUCCUAAUGGACCGAUCAUAACAGUUUUACGUUAUGAUAUCAAUUUAAAUGGAAAUUUUAAAAGCGUCUUAAGAAGAAUACGUAAAUCAAUUGAUAAUUAUAUAGUAGUAGUGGGUUCGUCAGAGACAAUGCCUGAGUUUUUAAGGCAAGCCCAGCAAGUCGGUAUUAUCAAUGAAGAUUACAAAUAUAUUAUUGGAAAUUUGGACUUUCAUUCGUUCGAUUUAGAUGAAUAUAAAUAUAGUGAAGCAAAUAUAACAAGCUUACGAAUGUUUUCACCGGAAAAGCUAAGAGUCAAAGAGCUAAUGUUAAAAUUGGGUUACAUGUAUGCUUUAGAUGAAUUUCAAAACGGUUCUUGUCCCAUUACCGUAGAAAUGGCUUUGACAUACGAUGCCGUGCAAUUAAUUGCUGAGACUACUAAGCAUAUCUCUUUAAAAGCGGAGCCCCUUAAUUGCACUGAUCGCAGUGAUGGCGUAACGGAAGAUGGUUCAACAUUUAAGAAUUAUGUACGAUCGUUGAAUAUUCAUAAAAGAACUUUAACUGGUCAGAUUUAUUUCGAAGGCAACGUACGGAAAGGUUAUACCUUUGACGUCAUUGAAUUGCAACCUUCCGGCAUUGUGAAAGUAGGCACUUGGAAUGAGUUAAGCAAUUAUACAAGUCAACGUUUAAAACCUACAAGCGCUAUAUUUGAAAACUUCGACAAUACCUUAGUUAAUAGGACUUUUAUAAUAUUGCUGUCAGUGCCGAACAAACCCUAUGCCAGUUUAGUUGAAAGCUAUAAGAAACUGGAUGGCAACAAUCAAUAUGAAGGUUAUGGUGUAGAAUUAAUUAAAGAGUUGGCUAAUAAAUUAGGCUUUAAUUACACUUUGAUUAAUGGCGGCAACGAUUAUGGUUCUUAUAAUAAAACCACCAACACUUCCACCGGCAUGUUAAAGGAAAUUAGAGAAGGCCGAGCAGACUUGGCCGUUACUGAUUUAACGAUAACAAGCGAAAGGGAAGAAGCCGUUGAUUUUAGUAUACCGUUUAUGAGCUUAGGUAUAGCAAUUUUGUAUGUUAAACCGCAGCAAGCACCGCCUGCAACAUUUUCAUUUAUGGAUCCAUUUUCCGAAGAAGUGUGGUGGUAUUUAGGUUUAGCUUUCUUGGGCGUAUCGUUGAGUUUCUUUAUAUUGGGCCGUUUAUCACCUAAAGAAUGGGAUAAUCCAUGCCCGUGCAUCGAAGAACCUAUCGAACUGGAAAAUCAAUUUACGAUUAGUAAUUCAUUAUGGUUUACUACGGGAGCUCUAUUGCAACAAGGCUCAGAAAUAGCGCCUAAAGCCCUGUCAGUUAGAACUGUUGCCUCUAUAUGGUGGUUUUUUACUUUAAUUAUGGUCUCAUCCUAUACAGCGAAUCUGGCUGCUUUCUUAACCAUCGAAACUCCUACUACCUUAAUUGAAAAUGUUAACGAUUUAGCUGAAAAUAAGGGAGGAGUGGUAUAUGGAGCUAAACGUACCGGAUCUACGAGAAACUUUUUUAUGACGUCUGAAGAUGAACGUUAUAAAAAAAUGAAUGAAUUUAUGACUAAAAAUCCGCAAUAUUUAACCGAAACUAAUCAAGAGGGAUUUGAACGAGUUAAAAAUAGUAAAGAUCAUACAUAUGCUUUUCUAAUGGAAUCCACUUCCAUUGAAUAUAAUACCAUGAGAGAAUGUAGUUUAAAAAAAAUCGGCGAUGCUUUGGAUGAAAAAGGUUACGGCAUCGCUAUGAGAAAAAGUAAUUUAAUCAUGACUGAAUUGAUUAAAGAAAUAAUUUUAAAAAAAAUCCUCUUAAAAGAUUGGCCUUACAGGGAUAAAUUUAAUAAUGCUUUGUUGGAAUUGCAAGAACAAGGUGUUUUAGCUAAAAUGAAAAAUAAAUGGUGGAAUGAGGUUGGUGCCGGUAUUUGUACGAGCAAGGCCGAACAAAGUGAUGCAAAAUCCUUGAGUAUGGAGAAUUUAGAAGGCAUUUAUGUGGUCCUCUUAGUAGGCAGUGGUUUAGCCCUCUUACACGGCAUUAUAAGUUGGAUAUGCUUUGUAAUUCGCAAGGCUAGCAAUCAUAAGGUUUCCUUAAAAGACGCUUUCACUGAAGAAUUUAAAUUCGUUAUUGAUUUCUCCACAUAUACGCGUGAAUUGAAAACAUCCGCGUCUAUUUACUCACGUAGUCGUAAUUCGUCCAUAUCAAUCGAUACCUUGGAUGCUAAUAAUACUCAAAAUAUUUAAUUAUUUAACUUAAUUAAAAAAAGGAUAAAAAAGAUAAGAUUGAAUAAAAAAAAAAACAAAAGGUUUUUUAAACAUAAAAAGUAAGUUAUAAGUAAUUAUUAGCAUAUCUCGAUGACAAAUAAUACAGCAAUUAAUCAGUUAUAAUUGAAAUUAUUUUAUUUAUAUUUUAUAUAUACGUAAAA